AUUCUCUCAUACUCCGAGGAAUUCAAUUCUUUCCCUCUUUCAACCUUCAAUUUCUACUAGUUGUUGUCAUUAUUCCAAUGCAAUUACUCAACCUCUGAUCAGAUCUAACCAGAUUUCUUUUGUGGGUUUUGGGUUUCUGGUGUUUUGAAGCUCGGAGGUCUCACAGAUUCAGCAAUGGUGGCCGAGCCUUGGUUAUUGAGGAUGGGGAGUCAGAUGAGUUCGAAUCUCAAGCACGCUCUCCUCUUGGAAUCAUCUUCCAAACCAUCCGCUAAGAACAAGCAAGAAAUUCGCAAUAAAACCCCGGAAACAAUCGGAAUCCUCUCGUUUGAGGUUGCGAAUGUGAUGUCUAAAACGGUACACCUCUACAAAUCCCUAACCAAUUCCGAGAUCUCCAAAUUGAAAAACGAGAUUCUCAAAUCUGACGGCGUCAAAGCCCUAGUUUCCUCCGACGAGACCUACCUUCUAGACCUCGCGCUUUCGGAAAAGCUCGACGACUUGAGCUUCAUCGCCGGCGUCGUUUCCAGGCUCGGGAAGAAGUGUACAGUCCCACAACUCCAAGGGUUUCAGCAUGUUUACGGUGAUAUAGCCAGUGGAGCAAUUGAUGUGGGGGAACUAGGGUUUCUAGUGAAGGAUAUGGACGCAAUGGUGCGAAAAAUGGAGCGCUAUGUUAAUUCGACAGCUAGCCUCUACAGCGAAAUGGAGGUUUUGAAUGAUUUGGAGGUUGCGACGAGCAAAUUCCAGCAGAAUCAACACGAAGAAAGCCGGAAAGUUUUCGAGCAGAAAGUGAUUUGGCAGAAGCAAGAUGUGAGGCAUCUCAAGGAUGUUUCCCUCUGGAAUCAAACUUAUGACAAAAUCGUGGAGAUGCUAGCAAGAACAGUAUGUACCCUUUAUGCUCGAAUUUGUUUCGUUUUCGAUGAUACAAUUUCAAGAAGAGAGAUGUUCUCCAAUAGUUCUGUUUCGAUUUCGGGUACAAAUUUAAAUUCCUGUAGAAGUUUAGCUCAAAAUUCAUGUCAAAUUGAUGCUGGUAGUGCAAAAUCUGGUGGUGGUUUUAGUAAUUCAGGGUUUAUAGAGAAGAGGGUAGUUAGGGUUAGGCCUCCAAUUGGAUCAAGAAAGGGGGAAUUAUCUCUGUUUAAAGCAGAAGACUUUAAUUUUGCUUGUGGGUUGGGACCAGGGAGAUUGUUCAUGGAAUGCCUAAAUAUCAACAGUUCUGUUUCGAAGAUGAAUGAUUAUGAUGAUGGGUCUGUUCGAAAAGGUGAUGAUCGAAGCAGUCAGAUUUCUGGUUCUUGUAGUAUCUCAAGUAGUGUAAGGAGAGAGAUGCCAAAUCAUUCUGGUUUUCAGAGUCGGAUUCCGAUGAUUGGAGAACAAAAACGGUUUAAAUGCAAUGUGAUGAGCACCUCCAGAACCGCUCCAAAAAGCCGACUAAUGGUUCAAGCUCCUCCCAACACCAUUGGAGGCUCGGCUUUAGCAUUGCAUUAUGCUAACGUUAUAAUCGUGAUUGAGAAAUUGCUUCAAUACCCACAUUUAGUUGGUGAAGAAGCUAGAGAUGAUUUGUAUCAAAUGUUACCAACGAGCUUGCGAUUGGCUUUAAAGAUGAGCUUGAAGUCUUACGUGAAAGAUUUGGCAAUAUAUGACGCCCCUCUUGCCCAUGAUUGGAAAGAUAGGCUCGAUGAGAUUCUGGCGUGGCUUGCGCCUUUGGCACACAACAUGAUUCGGUGGCAAAAUGAAAGGAAUUUUGAGCAACAACAAAUCGUUUCAAGAACCAACGUCCUUCUUUUGCAAACAUUGUAUUUUGCCGAUAGAAGAAAGACAGAAACAGCCAUAUGCGAGCUUCUUGUGGGGUUGAAUUAUAUAUGUCGCUAUGAACAUCAACAAAACGCCUUAUUGGAUUGUGCAAGCAGUUUCGACUUCGAUGACUGCUUGGAGUGGCAAACACAAUACUGAUGUUGGAUUUGUGACGGUGAGUUUUUCUGUUUCUCUGAAUUCAUUGCUUCCAAAACUGUUUGAUUUAUAAGAUAGGUGAGAUACAAGUAGCCCAAGAUGAUGUGAAUACGGGAGUUUUUGGCUUUCUAGAAAUUUAUAAUCAUUGUAUGGAUCGAGUUGUUUUAUGUACUUUAUUGCAAGGCGUAUGUCUUCUUCGCCUUUGAAGUACAUAAUUUAACUUGAUAGACAAUUGACCUUCUUCAAAUGUGCAAUGUAUUCCAGUGUUUCCCGGUUAAUUUCUAGUGUUCGCUGUGUUAAAGCUUUCAAAUUUGAUCGA